GUAGUAGAGGAGGAGGAGGAGGAGGAGGAGGAGGAGGAGGAGGAGGAAGAAGAAGAAGAAGAAGAAGAAGAAGAAGAAGGAGAAGAAGAAGAAGAAGAAGAGGGAUAAUGGGAGAAGGAAAGGAUUUAUAACGACGCUACCGUCGGGGCCUGAAAUAACAGGAGAGAAAUGCACGUAGAGUGAAUCAGCUUCCUUUAAGCGAAUUUCCUAAUAGAUACAAGAAGCAAAUAAGAAAUAGAAAUAGAAAUAGAAAGAAACAGAGAAAGUAAGAAACGAAGAAAGAAACGGAGAAGGAUAGAGAAAAGAAAAAAAGAAAGAUAGAAAGAUAGAAAGAUAGGCAAAAAGAGAGAAAGAGAGAGAGAGAGAGAGAGAGAGAGAGAGAGAGAGAGAGAAAGAGAGAAGAGUAACCCGCAGUUACACCCUUACGCUCUUAUCCCUAAUUCCUUUGGACUUUUAAGUACAAAGGCAGUGUCUUCUCUCUUACUUUCGAGUGCGACUCCUCGAGAGCUUUGAGAAAAAGCAGAACCGAACGAAAGAGAGAAAGAAAGAGAGAGAGAGAGAGAGAGAGAGAGAGAGAGAGAACGGGCGCUCGCGCGCGCCGCCUUAUAUUCUCGCAACAGGAGAAGAAGCAGACCAUCUCUUCUUACGUGGAAAAAGAAGGUAGUGGAAGAAGUAGAAGAAGAAGUAGAAGAAGUAGAAGAAGAAGAAGAGAAAGAGGAGAAGAAAGAGGUGGUGGAGGUGGUGUUGGUGAAGUUGAAGAAGAAGGAGGAAGGAAAAAAAAGAGAAGUAGAAAAAAGAAGAAAAACAGGAAAACAUAGAGAAAGAGAGAGAGAGAGAGAGAGAGAGAGAGGAAAAAAAAAGGAAAAGGAAAAGAUAAAGGGAGGAUUGCCACGCCACGGUGUGGAUCCAACACUCAUGCCUCGUUCGUAGCAUCGAUAUCGUCGAUAAGAAGGUGACGAGGAGAACGGAACGAAACGGAACGGAACGAAACGAAACGGGGAAAAAAAGCGGAACGUAACGAAACGGAAGAAAUGGCAACGAAAAAUUUCUUCAUUCUAGGAAUACUCUUAGGGAUCUUGGAGAUCGUCUACGUUCGCGGACGGCUGAUUCGAUUAGAUAUCUCGAAUCCAGACGUAAUCGUUUCCACGGGCGAAAAGUUGACUAUAAGGUGUUUAACGGACUACGACGGCGAGACUACGUGGUACAAGGACAACGUGGCACUGCGUCAUUCGUCAACGAGGUUGCGGGUUAUGAAGCAAACGUUAAGAUUCAAAUACAUUGAGAUAGGCGACGCCGGUUCUUACGGUUGCUCAACCGAAACCGAUGAUGAUGAUGAUAAUAAUAAAACGAUCGAAUGGAGGAACGUUACGUUAAAAGUUGAAGAGGCUUUACAAAACGAUGGUUACCAUCGCGAGGAUGAUGGGAAAAUUGGUAAUGUUCUCGAAGGACUCGGACCGAGCGAGGAAACGAACGAGCUUGAAAUCGAGACGAGAAAUCUACCUGAGACGCGUUCGUUGCAUUUGGACAGCGAGAAAUCUGACGUAGAAUUGGACAACGAUAAAGGUGAAAACGAAAUGGCAGGGGAACAUAACAAAACUUUACCCGAUCGUCCGCCUUCUUUCAACAAAAGCGACGAGAUGCAUGGAAGUAUCGUAAAACCUGCUGGAAAUAUGUUACGACUUAAAUGUCCAAGCGUCGGUAAUCCUAGGCCUAACAUUACCUGGUUGAAAAACAACGAAGAACCUAAGAGAUCUCUUGGUACAAUGAUCAAAACAAAAUGGACAUUAAGACUGGAAGACCUCGUGCCCGAUGACAGUGGAAACUAUACUUGCAUCGUCUGCAAUCAUCUCGGUUGCAUAAAUCAUACGUUCAAGGUCGACAUUAUAGAGCGUUUCCCGCACAAGCCGUACAUCAACGAGGACUUUCCGAAGAACGUGACUGCAUUGGUGAACAGUAGCGUGAUAUUCAAGUGUCCAAUCGUGUCGGACCUUGAACCUUACAUACAAUGGGUCAAGGUAGCCGAAUAUCCCGGCGAUCAGGAGGACACACCAAAAGGGACCUUGCUCCAGGCUGGUAUCGCUGAAAAUCCUGAAGUAUUGAAGCUCUACAACGUCACCGAAAAAGACGAAGGAUGGUAUACCUGUAUAGCCCAAAAUACAUUAGGGGAGACAUUUAGCAGUGCCUAUCUACGAGUCGUCGAAACGUUGGAGGAGCAUCGUGUACCGCUUGCAGCGAGGCCGCAAAUCCUGGUUAACGUUUUGGCUGCAGUACUAUGCGUAUUCUUUGCCGUUGGUGUCGUCGUAGUGAUCUACAUAUUUCAUCGUUUGAAACGCGAGAAGAUGAAGAAACUAUUGGCUAUAGAAACUGCACGUGCUGCGGUUGUAACCCAAUGGACAAAAAAGGUUAUAGUUGAAAAGCAGAAAUUGGUUAACGCCCAGAACGUACAGGAACCAUUAUUAAUGCCAGUGGUCAAGAUAGAAAAGCAAAAGUCUACGGUAACUACGGAGGACAGUAAUGGCGGUAGUAUAUCAGAGUACGAAUUGCCGCUUGAUAGCGCUUGGGAAUUGCCGCGAGAACAAUUGACCUUGGGCAAUACACUUGGUGAAGGUGCCUUUGGGAAGGUCAUCAGAGCGCAAACCAAUACCGGGAAACCUGGUAUACCUAACGUCGUUGCCGUCAAAAUGUUAAAGGAGGGUCACACGGACGCCGAGAUGAUGGAUCUUGUAUCUGAGAUGGAGAUGAUGAAGAUGAUCGGCAAACACGUUAACAUAAUAAACCUAUUGGGUGCGUGUACACAGGGUGGACCACUUUACGUUGUUGUUGAAUUUGCACCUCACGGUAAUCUUCGAGAUUUCCUUCGCGAUCAUCGUCCAUCCUCUUCCGGUUAUGAGCCAACGAUCGGUCAAGAAGAAAAGGAACGAAAGACCCUAACACAAAAGGAUUUAGUGUCGUUUGCUUAUCAAGUUGCACGAGGAAUGGAAUAUCUUGCUAGUAGAAGAUGUAUACACAGAGAUCUAGCAGCACGAAAUGUUCUCGUUAGCGACGAAUAUAUCCUCAAGAUCGCUGACUUCGGUCUUGCAAGGGACAUACACUGUCACGAUUACUAUAGAAAAACGACCGACGGCAGGUUGCCUGUUAAAUGGAUGGCACCGGAGGCUCUUUUUCAUCGGGUAUAUACCACUCAGUCCGACGUAUGGUCGUACGGCAUACUGCUGUGGGAAAUAAUGACGCUGGGUGGCACACCAUAUCCAUCCGUACCCUCGGUCGAGAAACUUUUUCAAUUGCUGAGGACGGGACACAGGAUGGAAAAACCGCCGUGUUGCUCGAUCGAAAUAUACAUGCUCAUGAGAGACUGUUGGAGCUAUCAACCAAACGAAAGGCCGAUGUUCGGUGAAUUGGUCGAAGAUCUCGAUAGGAUAUUAACGAUAACGGCUAACGAGGAAUAUUUAGAUCUCGGUUUACCCCAAUUGGAUACACCACCGUCCAGUCAAGAAUCGAGCGAUGAUGCCGAGGACGAUGAAACCGGCGAACAAUUUCCGUACCUGUUAUAAAAUCUUUUCGAUUAAGGCUGACACGCAUAAAGGAAGAAAGAGAAAAAAAAAAAAAAGAAAGAAAAGAGCUCCGCGCAUGCUAUGAAAGCUGCGACGUUUAUCGAAGACGAGGAUAUCUAACCUCGACUUUUGACAAAACCAAAAAAAGUGAAAAGAAAAGAAAAAGAUAAAAAAAAUGAAUAAAAAUAAAUAAAAAAAAAAAAAAAAAAAAAAAGUGAAAUUAAAUGAAAUAAAAUAAAAUAAAAUGAACAAUUGCGAGAGCGUAAACGACUGAUAAUUAAAAAAAAAAAAAAAAAAAUAUGAGCACGCCAAA